UCUACUGGACGGAAAGGGAGGGCUUUCACCUCGCAAGUUAACUGCUUUCUCACUCUCACAAGCUCACAAGCUCGCAAGCUUCAUUCUCUCUCAACUCUGGCUUCUUCAUUCACGUAAAGUUGUGAUUUUUUGUUGCUCCGAAGUAUGAAUUUGGAGCUUAUAAGGUGGAAUUGUUGUGUUAGGUAGGUUCUGCGAAUAAGUAGAAGAGAUGAUUGCAGAGAAGCCCAGUUGGAUUAGGCACGAGGGAAUGCAAAUUUUCUCCAUUGAUGUUCAGCCUGGUGGACUUAGGCUGGCCACUGGUGGGGGUGACCACAAGGUGCGAGUAUGGAACAUGAAAUCCCUUGGCAGGGAUUUGGAAAAUGAAGAAUCAUCCCAGAGGCUACUUGCAACUCUCCGUGAUCACUUUGGUUCUGUGAACUGUGUUAGGUGGGCUAAGCAUGGUAGGUAUGUUGCUUCAGGAUCUGAUGAUCAAGUGAUUCUAAUUCAUGAGAGGAAGCCUGGUUCAGGAACCACUGAGUUUGGUAGUGGGGAGCCCCCUGAUGUUGAGAAUUGGAAAGUUGCAAUGACUUUGAGAGGGCAUACUGCAGAUGUGGUGGAUCUUAAUUGGUCUCCGGAUGACUCGAUGUUGGCCAGUGGAAGUUUAGAUAACACUAUACACAUCUGGAAUAUGAGCAAUGGUAUUUGCACAGCUGUUCUAAGGGGUCACUCUAGCCUGGUUAAAGGAGUUACUUGGGAUCCAAUUGGUUCAUUCAUAGCAAGUCAAUCAGAUGAUAAGACUGUAAUUAUUUGGCGAACAAGCGACUGGAGUCUUGCUCACAGGACAGACGGCCACUGGGCAAAAUCAGUAUGUCAGUCGUGUAAGUUUGUCUCUAUACAGGUUCCAAUAUCAUUGUCUAACAAGUGUUUGUUGUUUCAGCUUGGAUCUACCUUUUUCAGGCGGCUGGGAUGGUCCCCUUGUGGCCACUUCAUUACUACCACUCACGGGUUCCAGAAACCAAGGCAUUCUGCACCUGUCCUAGAGAGAGGGGAAUGGUCUGCUACAUUUGACUUCUUAGGACAUAAUGCCCCCGUGAUCGUAGUGAAGUUUAAUCAUUCAAUGUUUAGGAGGAAUAUUUCCAAUGCUCAGGAAAAAGCAGCACCUGUGGGGUGGACUAAUGGGGCUUCAAAGAUGGGUGGGAAAGAGAAAGAACCACAACCUUACAAUGUCAUUGCAAUUGGGAGUCAGGAUAGAACCAUAACUGUCUGGACAACUGCAAGUCCCCGGCCUCUCUUUGUAGCAAAGCAUUUCUUUACUCAAAGUGUUGUGGAUUUAUCCUGGAGCCCUGAUGGUUAUUCACUUUUUGCAUGUUCUUUGGAUGGGUCAGUGGCUACUUUCCAUUUUGAGGUGAAAGAGCUUGGCAAUAGGUUAACUGAUGCUGAACUGGAUGAAUUGAAGAGAAAUCGUUAUGGUGAUGUUAGAGGUCGGCAAGCAAAUUUAGCAGAAAGCCCAGCACAGUUAUUGCUUGAAGCAGCCUCUGCUAAGCAAGCCCCAAGCAAAAAAGUGGUUCUGGAUCAGCAAAACCAGACAGUUGUAAAACCUUCUGUUGAUGCAAGGGUUGCAACAAAAACUUCUGUUGAUGGUUUAAAUAAGGCUUCAUUGUCUGCCAGAAUUUCUAGUCCUGUGAAGCAGAGGGAAUAUAGACGGCCUGAUGGCAGAAAGAGGAUUAUUCCAGAAGCUGUUGGGGUGCCUCUCCAGCAGGAAAAUAUAUCUGUUGGGCCUCAGUCGCAGGCUCUUGACUUCCCUCCUAUGCCUUCUGAUAAAAAAAAUGAUGAUAAUGGGUUAGCCGCUGCUGAUAGUAGCAUUAGAGACAGUUCUGUUAGGGGAACGCUUGGUAGGAGCACUGAAAUAAAGGAGGGACAUGGGGUCACUGCUAGAGCUAUGAUUACCAAAAGCCUGGUUAUUGAGAAGGUUACCGCAUCCACAGGCAGAGAUGAAAGCAUAACUGUGGAGCAGUCAGGAAAUGCCAAGGCUUCUAGUUCGCUAGGCGCUUCUUGUUCCGCUCUUUCAGUUAGGGUGUUCGAUAAGAAAGAAGGGGAAGAUACUGUACCAAUUUGCUUGGAAGCUCAACCCCGAGAACAAGCUGCAAACGACAUUGUUGGCAUGGGAAAUACAUUUAUCAUGAAAGAAACAGAAAUUACUUGCACAAGGGGGUUGCAAAUUCUUUGGUCGGAUAGGAUAUCUGGGAAAGUCACUGUUUUAGCUGGAAAUGCAAACUUUUGGGCUGUUGGCUGUGAGGAUGGAUGCAUACAGGUUUACACAAAAUGCGGGAGACGUGCUAUGCCAACUAUGAUGGUAGGAUCUGCAGCAAUAUUUAUAGAUUGUGAUGAGUGCUGGAAGUUGUUUUUGGUUACAAGAAAAGGAUCCUUUUAUGUGUGGGAUCUAUUCAAGCGGAACUGUCUUCUUCAUGAUUCGUUGGCAUCUCUGGUUGCUUCAAACCCAAACCCAUCUGCAAAAGAUGCAGGUGUGAUCAAAGUUAUAUCAGCAAAGCUAUCAAGAUCUGGUUCUCCUCUUGUUGUUCUUGCCACUCGCCAUGCCUUCCUCUUUGACAUGGGCCUGAUGUGCUGGCUUAGGGUUGCAGAUGACUGCUUUCCUGGGUCAAAUUUUUCAAGCUCCUGGCAUUCGGGUUCAACUCAGAGUGGUGAGCUGGCAGCUUUGCAGGUUGAUGUUCGGAAAUAUGUGGCCAGGAAGCCAGGUUGGAGUAGGGUGACUGAUGAUGGAGUGCAGACACGUGCUCAUUUGGAAGCUCAGUUGGCUUCUUCACUGGCUUUAAAGUCCCCUAAAGACUAUCGUCAAUGCCUUCUUUCAUACAUACGCUUCCUUGCGAGAGAAGCAGAUGAGUCUCGCUUACGAGAAGUCUGUGAGAGUUUCCUUGGACCUCCAACUGGGAUGGUGGAGGAUACGCCUUUAGAUCCAAAGAACCUGGCAUGGGAUCCUUAUGUGCUUGGAAUGAGGAAACAUAAACUCUUACGAGAAGAUAUUCUUCCGGCAAUGGCUUCAAAUAGAAAAGUACAGCGAUUGCUUAAUGAAUUCAUGGAUCUCAUUUCCGAAUAUGAAAGCGCUGAAACAAAUCUAGAGAAAAGGUCUCAAACUUCACCAACAGCACGUCCACCAGCAGCUGAUCAAAUGGAAGCUGCUCCAUCUGGGACAAAUCAAAAGGACUCUGUCCCUGCUGCAACAGAUCAAAAGAAGUCUGUUCCUGCUUCAAUUGAUGAAAAGGACUCCUCCCAGUUAGCAGCAGAUAAAGAGAAUUCUGCUCAAGCGGCAGAAGAUACAGUUAAUUCAGAUCCACAAAUGAUCAAUCAAGUUAGUCUUGCUCCACAAGAUGCAGGUUCUUGAGUUUUGCGUCUUCUCACAGUCAAAAGGAAUGUAAGAAAUAGGGCACGCUAACAUGUAGUUGAACAGGAGUUAGCUUGAAGAUGACCGGCGUAUUGUAUAUGUUUGGAGUUUAUUUACCCAUGACACAUGCAUAUCUAGAUUGGAGUCCAUUUUGCUGAUCACCUUUCUUCUCAAGGAAACCUACCUACGAGUAUAUGAUGCAUUAAGCGUCGAAUGAUUGGUGAAUUAUGUGGUGGUUUCCUCUCACAAAUGCAAGAAAAUCUCACUUUGCAUAUGUAGUUGUAUGUAAUUGGCUUGAUGAAUUUUGUUUCUUGUACAUUAUCCAGCAUAAUCUGAAUCUUUAUCGGAUGAGAGAGCUCCUAGGUUUUGUA